UUGAAUUUGUAGCUAUGUCGGAUAACAGUCUAUCAAGUUAGUCUGCUCGCUGCCGCGCCACCAACGUAGCGUGUUGUCGCAACUCGUGUUUUGAAUCUCAAUUUCAGGAAAAAUGGAGAACGUUGUAUUAUACUACUUCCCUUUCAAGGGUCUCGGUGAAGGUCUUCGUAUGCUGUUGACUUAUGGUGGUCAGAAGUUCGAAGACCACAGAGUGCCCAAAGAGCAAUGGCCGGAAUUCAAGCCAAAAACUCCAUUCGGCCAGAUGCCAGUACUUGAGAUCAAUGGAAAGAAAAACAGCCAGACCCUGGCUAUGGCCCGGUACCUCGGACGCAAAUACGGAAUCGCCGGAGACAAUCUUGAAGAGUCCUUCGAAAUCGAUCAGAACAUGGACUUCUUCACUGAUAUUCGUCUUAAGGCCUCAACAGUUAUGCUGGAACAAGAUUCUGCAAUCAAGGAGAAGAUUAAAGAUGACCUGGAGAAGAAUUACUACCCCGUGGCCUUGAAGAAACUUGACGAAAUCAUUGGCAAGAACAACGGACAUAUUGCCAAUGGAAAGUUAAGUUGGGGUGACUUCGUAAUCGCCGGUGUAUAUGACGCGAUGAAGAACAUGCUCCUGCAAAUGCCGGACUUGGACGACAAAUACCCGAAUCUCACAAAAUUGAGGGACAACGUGUUGUCUUUACCUAAAGUCAAGGAAUACGUGGCUUCUGCUCCUAAAACAGAUAUCUAAUUAGAUUAAACAAGGCAUAGAAAAGCGAACUAUUAUCUAAUUAUUUUCGUUUUUUUUAAUUUAAAGCGUUCAACUAAAAAUGUUGGCAACACUUCUUUAUUAUUAGAGAAUGGCAAAAACAUCACGAGAAAUUGCUUUAUUAGUCAAAACUAUUGCCCUAAUAUUAAAACAAAAAAUUGCCUAAAUACCUAACGGUUUAUAAGAUUCUAGUUGACGUAACAACAUUUUUAAUAAUGUAUAAAAACUUUUCAGACGCUUUCUCUAUGCCCCAUUAAAAAUUUUAGUCUGUGCAAUGUGUGUUACAAGUAUUAUAUGAAAUUUUGUAACUAUCACUAAUUAUAUAUGUAGAGUAUAGAUAACUAUGUUUCACGAUUGAAAAAUGAUUUUAAUUGUAAGCACAUUAUUUUUUUUUUGUUCUUCAACAGUUUAGUUUUCAUACAUAUUGAAGAUAAUAUAUUAUAUAAUGUCGGAUUUAAAACAGUGAUAUUUUUUACAAGACCAAGUAUGUAGUAUAUCUUUAAGUAUGUUAUGUAUUAUAUAUUCUAUUAAAACACCAAUUUUAAUGUU